AUGCCUGACUCCCAUUGUGUCCGUUCAGACGUCAUUCAGGUUGGCGACAGUAUUGCGUUUAACUUGUUGUCCUCCUCGGGAUCAACUCUGCAGGAGGUCAGCAGGUUAGAAGCAUCUUUCAGCCAGCUAGAAAACAGCAGGGAUGGCAGGGAUUAUACCAAUAUAGCAAUAACAAACACAGGAGCCAAAGAGGUCAAAGGCAAGAUAUGCAAGUCCAGAUUACCGGUUAGGGCACCUUGCCGCAAACUAUGCAGUCAAAGUCCACACGUAGUAAAAGAUAAUGUGGAUAAAUACCGUGUAAGAAAAAAUUCAAUUCAAAAUGUCAGGGAAAGAUUAGACCCUUUUAACAACGUAUUUCCUAAAUCGAGAAUUCCAGUAGUGAAAGUCAUAAAAAACUCCUCUGGUUACCGGGGGAAAAAGCAGGUUCAAACUAAAUCUGUGGUUAGUAAUGAAAGUCUUAAAACUGACAGGAGUAAUAAACAACCAAGUCGAGGCAGAUUGAGUGCUGAAAACAGAUGCAGUUCAGUAAAAAACGCUGGUAUAUGUAGCACAAAUGAGACAAGGAGAAAAAACUGUGCAAUGGUCUCAAAACACAUUAAAACAAGGUUGGUUAAUAGCCAGGCAGGCAAACAUUUGGACCAAACUUUCAAGGAGGCUGAAAGAAAGUUAGAAGGGAAAACACUGCCCACUGAGGACGAAGGGAGCUGCAGCCACAGCACUACCAGGAACACUUCCUUGUCAGAACCAUCUAGAGCUUCUAGAAGUUCCCGCCCUUCACGCACUUCUACCUCCACCUCCACCUCCACCAGCACCACCACAUCAACACCAUCUGCUAGAGAUGUGAGAGCUGAGGUUGAGCAGGCCAGCAGUGAGAGGAGGAUGAGGAGGAGCAGGAGGAAGAGUAGGCGGACACUUGGGAAGGAGCAAGAGCAGAAGGAGGAAGGGAAUCAGGUUGAUCAACCAAUCACGGCUCCUGUCACAGAUAACCAGACUAGUUUGUAAACUCUUUCUAAACACUUGUUAUACUUCUAUCUUUAUCUCUGAGAUGCAUGUAGCUGUUGUGGGUGCUCUGUGAUGUGACGUUGUAAGUGUAGCUGUCACUUCUUCUUCCUGUCGUUCUUGUUAUCUGUGUCCUGUGCUGUCUGAUUUAGACAAAGAGGUAAAGGCUAUGAUUUGAUGAGAGAAUCAGCAACACUAAAUAUUUGUCCCUGGUUCCCUGAAUGAUUGAUGAUUAAAAGUGGUUAGGGUAAGGGCUAUCUGAAUACGUAAUAGGAGAGUGGAUUAACUACCUCAUGGUGUGGGAGCUUUAACAGACUAUAGAGAAGUCUUGGAUGCACAAUAACUACAAUUCCAAAUUAGCCAACUUGUUUUAAUUGUCAGUAUCUGUUUGCAAGAAUGUACUGAGGGGCUAAGUUAAGACUUAUUCCUACUCCUUUCUGUUACUGUGGGGUCUUAUAGGCUGCCACACACAUUGUCACUUUCAUACCACUCAACAGAUCAAGUUAGCCUCGCACCUCACCACACGAUGACACCACACCGCUCACUUUCACCCUCUUAAUUAGGCCCUAGAUGUAAAAAGA